ACAUGAAGUUAUGUAGGAGCAGUGAUGAGAAUGAAAUGACUAAUGAGAUUAGAAAGACAUUAAUAAUGUUACUAUUAGCAGUAAAUUUGUGUACUUUAUUAUGAUAACUAUACUGCUAUGUACAUGAUAUAAUGUUAAUGUGUUAAUAUGUUUUAAAUGUGUUUGUGUGCUGUCCUUAUACCGUGUCCAGGUCAGUCUCCCCGGCGCGCGCACAGACAUAUAUAGUCAAAUCGGAGCAGCGAGCCAUAAGAUCUGUUAUGACGUCACGUUCAGAGUUCUAUAAGUUUCCUGAUGGUAUGCUUGACGGUUGUUCCCUUUAUGACGCCGCGAAUGUCGAGGUUUUUAAACGUUGUGGUAUCAGAGCUGGCCUCUGUAUUCAUUUGAGCAGGGUAGUAUUUAAUCAUUGGUCUAUCUAACCUUUUCAUGUGGUUAGUUUCUUUGUUUGUUCAUCUGUCGUGUUUAAGAAUGGACACUGAAAUAAUAUAUCCAGAUAUCUGUACAGCUGCUGUGUGACAAUGUAAACUUAAAAAACCCAACAUUUCCAUGUCUAGAGAAGAGGGUGCGUUCUUUAAAAAUUAAAUCAUAAUGAUGAUGCUGUUAAACAGUUCAGAAGCUCCGUGUAUUGUCCUUGAUACGUGAAAACUAGACAAUGCACAGUAAUAACGCUGAUGAGCUGCGUCAGUGUAAAAUAGCCCAAACCUGCCUUCUGUUUCAGGCGGCGUUGUGUUGGAUGGAGCUUGACUGCCCUCGUGUGUCCAAACUCGGGAACGGCAGUUUCCCAGAAGGGGUAUUCUGUUCCAAGUUUGUGGUAGUUAGCCAAGAAAUAUUACAUGAUUACUAUUACUCUCUCUCCCCUUUUUUAAACCCGUUCACGAUAAUUAUUGUAUACAUUACCUUUAUUUUUGUAAUCUUCUUCCCUAUUUGUGGAUAUUCUCGAGUGAAAUAGAUGAGGCCACGUAGGGAACACAUGAAGUUACCUAGGAGCAGAGUCUAAAAUAUCUUUUUGAGGGACCUCAAACUAUUAUCAUUUGCUAUACUAUUGAUCAUUACGUUAAGUACAUCUUAUUCGUAAAAAGUACUUAAUGAAGAUAAUAUACUUUAUAUUUUUUUAUGUAACCAUUCAAGUAUUUGUUGAAAUGCUUUUGUUACUGAUAAAUACAUGUACAUUUAAAUUGAUUUUGUUCUGUCUGUGAUUUUGUACAUCUGGAUGUUCAACUGGUCUCAGAUCAAGCAUCCUCCUCUGUACUGACUCCACUAUCCCCAGCUUCAUCCCAUUCAUCAGAUUCCACAAUUGCCCUGGAGUCCACAAGAAAGAGGAGGAACCCAACAGGGUUAAUGGACCAGAAUGAAGCAAGACAGAAAGUUGAUUGUGUUCUGAGGGCCAAUCCAAAGGGUGAGGAAAUCUUCAAGGAGUAUGAAAAGACCAAAACACUAACAGAUGGUGAACGUCCUGGUUGCAGACAUGUUAGAGCUACAUGGGUAAGAAUUGGAGGUCACUUCCCUCCCUUUGUCAUCACAACAGAUUCAUGUGGCGCAGCUAAAGAAUGCUAUUCUGUGUUGCUAUAAAAGGGGAAUUUAUCCUUUAACUUCUUGCAAAACAUACACGCUUGCAAAGUAAAUUGAUUUAUUUGAAAGGAUGAUUCCAUCGUCAAGACGAAUUAUGCACUGGGAAUUGUGACACUUUUUCCAUACCUCCAAGAUCCUUUCUCCAAACAUGGAUAUGUAAGUUCUGUCUGAAAACCCAAACCAGUGUGUUUUUAUAUUUUCUUCCCUUUUAUAGUUUUAAAGUUAAAAUGAUCUUGUUUUAGAUGAGUGUUUAUAGGUUGCUCAGCUUUGUAUUUUCCACUUGUUUUUGUAGUGUUAUAUAGUCAUUGUGUGAACUUACUGUGUUGAGUAAUUCAUUCUUGAAGCCAAGCACGAGAUGCCUCUCUUUGGGUCUUUUCUUAAACAGGAACACUACUAUGAUCCUGAGGGUAAUAGUGGCUUCAUUGCAUGGAGGAUCAAGACAGUUCAACGUAACACCUGUGCUGGCUCCCGGUGUCAUUCCAAGACUGUUCUUCAGGAUGGUCCAAAAACCAGACGAGAAUCUCUGUUAUUCUGUCAACAGCAAUUUGGUGAGGAGUGCAGGGAGGCGAUAUCUACGAUACGAUAUUCCACUGAUGAAUCUGUGGUCAAAGAGAAGAUGAGCGACUUUCCAGUAUCGGCAGAAGGUGGUCGGUGAGGAUGCACCAUCUUCAGUCCUGGAUUUGUUCCCUCGUUUCCUUGAUGUACCUGGAUUGGUAAGAAAAUCUUUAGCUUUGGAAAUAGUUUUGAAAAGGAAAUUUUCUCUGUAGUUAUUAAAUGAGUUCACUGGUACAGUAGAGAAAGGAGUUGUUCAAUGAUCACCGUAACACCAACAGGCCGGUCCAAACUGAGAAAUUCAACGUUCUAAUCUUUUAUAUCCCAAAUGUAUGCAUAAAUAACACAGCAGAUCUUAAUUUUUAGUAUUUGACCUUUUAUCCAUUUAUGUCCGUUAUGUUUAAACCUGUAUAAACCUUGUUUAUAGAUCGACCAGGAUUUCUCCAUGAUGUUUGGUGACGAAGUGUCUCAGAAGUUCCUGGCAAAGUGGUCAAUAUUCUUCAAGCCAAAAAUCAUUGCAGACUGCAAGACUCUUAAGAAUAUGGGCGAGCUGCUGUCAGGAACUGAACCUGAAUCUGAGGACUACAAUGGUCAGUAUAAACUGUUUUGUAUUUUAAAAAUGUUCCAGUCUUUAAAAAAAUAAUUAAAGAGAGAUCAUUUAAUUAUUUUGUGAUGUCUUUACGAUGGGACAGCGAUAUGUCCUCAAUCCUUUUGCAGCUGCAUCUGCUCCCUCUAACCUCAAGAGGCCAGAAAAAAAAUAUCCAAGAUCAGUUCAGCUCAAGCAACCAGCCAUCUUGUGAGAUAUCUUAAGGAAGGAGCCAGUGUGACUACCUUCAUUGAGAGUGCUGACACAAGACAACCAUUCCUCCUCUGCAUCAGUGAGCGAAAGAAGGAUAUCCCAAAGUUCUACGUUAUUAUCGACCAAAAGGCGAUCCCAUGUAAGGCACACACAUCAGUGGCAGCUUUUGAUGAACUGUUCAAAGUUCACUAUGUCUUCAGUUUCUCAUAUGAUGAAGCUCUUUGUAAUUUCUACACAUUUAUCCAAACCACUAUCUAUAACAUCGAUGUCGGAAGAGCAAAGGAGAGCCCGCGUGUUAAAGAUCUUCGAGCAUGAUUGCUGCAGUGAGAUUAACAGCCUUGAAGAUGUUCACAUGUUUUGUAUGUAAAGCACACCUCAGAACUUGUUUGGUUCUUUGUCAACAUUUAAAAUUUCAACAUGGUUUAUAUCUUAGCAAAAAGUUACAUUUAAAAUGUGGAGAGCCAGGUCGCCCGUUAUCAUUUUGUACUUAUAGUGGCUUCCGAAAACACCUCAGCAAGGUACAUAGUCACACUAUGGAUCAAGAGAUUGAUACUAAUCAGGAUCUUUCCACUCAGGGAGAAUAUGAGGCGGAAUGUUCAAAUGAUCGCCCAAAUUCUGUUGCCACUUUACAUACUUCACAAAGUUCUGUUGUUACAACUCAGCUAUCUUCAGUGUGUGGAUCAAUUGUUGCUCAUUUGCAAGCAUCAGGUCUUUCUGAAAGUGCUGUCCAAACAAUUGUUUGUUCAAUGGAAGAAGUUGUUAAUGAUGUUAAAAUCCAAGCAUGAGAUGCAGUUCUUAAAACUGAUACUCCUGAAAGUACAAGUUCAGACACUUGUAGAAGAACUGAACACUGUUUUGAUCAAUUAAGUAAUCCUUUUUCAGCAUUAAACACUGAGUCAAGGAGACAUAAAUAUUAUGAUGAGAAAUGGGAAAUAGUUGAACCUAAAGAAUGUGUUCUUGGGGUGAGAAUGGAUUUGCGCAGAGAUAGAACUACAGGCAGGUUCCCGUAACGGACAAGUGCAUGUAUGUACCCAUUCUGGGUACACUGAAAUCAAUAUUCAAAAACAGUCCAGUUAGAGAGAGUUUUUUACAGGACAAACAGAGUGGAAUUGGAGUUAACAAAGACAUUAAUGAUGGGUCGUAUUUCCAAAACCAUGCACUGUUCUCGCAGCAAAAGCACGCUUUACAGAUUCUACUCUAUUACAACGAUUUUGAAACUGCUAACCCUCUAGGUUCCAAGAGGGGGAUCCACAAACUUGGUUGUAUCUAUUUUACUCUAAAAAAAAAAAAUCUUCCACCCAAGUGUAACUCUGUACUAAUUAAUGUACAUCUUGCAGCUCUAUUCUACAUGGAAGAUCUUAAGACAUAUGGUUUUGAUGUGAUACCAAAGCCCCUUAUUGAUGACCUGAAAAUCUUAGAAACCGAAGGCAUACAGCUUCCUUGUUUUGAACAACCUUUGUUUGGCUCAGUAAUUCAAGUAACAGGAGAUAAUUUGGCUUUAAAUGGCUUACUGGCAUUUGUGGAAUAUUUCAGUGCAACUAAUUUCCAUAGGUUCUGUUUAAUUAGUAAGGAAGAAGUUCAAUCUAUAUUUACUGAAGAUCAUUCUGGGUUAAUUUUCCAUUCCAAAGAGGUUCAUACUGAACAUUGUAAGGCACUAAAUGAAAAUCCUGAACUGCGGUCAAUAUAUGGUGUCAAAAAGUCAUGUGUGCAUAAUUCAUUACAGUAUUUCCAUUGUACUGAUAACUAUGCUGUUGUCAUCAUUCAUGAUCUGCUAGAGGGUGUGGUACAGUAUGAACUUAAACUGUUUUUUGAGUACCUUGUUAAACAGGACUAUGUCUCUUUGAACACAUUGUCAAAUAGGAUACAGAGCUUUAAUUAUGGUUACACAGACUGUAAAAACAAACCAAGUGGGUUAAAAAUGGAUGAUAAGGGCAAACACCUGGGUUUGAAUGCCAUACAGUUAUGGUGUCUUCUGCACAACACUCCACUGAUAUUUGGUGGUCAUUGAAAGGAAUAACAAUCACUGGAACUUUCUCCUGCUUUCGAUACAGAUUGUCAAUAUAGUGUUCUCCUACACCAUAACUGAUGGGAUGAUAUGUUACUUAAAACAUCUGAUCUGUGAUCACCAUACUCUAUUCAAAGAAUUGUUUCCUGACAAGAGGUCGAUUCCCAAGCACCACUUGAUGAUGCACUAUCUGAGAUGCAUAAAAAAAUUGGCCCUCUUAUCCAUAUGUGGUGAAUGCGAUUUGAAGCUAAGCACCAUAUUUUCAAAAGAUGUGGCAAAAAUUUCAAGAAUCUCAUUAAAUCAUUAGUAAAGCAACAUCGUCAAUUGAUAUUUAACUGUGAAAAUGAUUGUUUUAGAAGGUUUUAAUUGUUUUUAAUUUGGCCCUACAUCAAAAACCAUCUGUAACUUGCAAGGUGGGGAAGAACUCAGUCAGACAUUAUAUUUAGAAGCCUGUUUGAGUGUUACAAGUACAAAGUGGGUCAGACAUUAUGGUACUGAGUAUCAGGUUGGUUUGUUCAUAUGCACUGGAUGUACCUAUGAUCUCCCUGUGUUCAAAAAGGUCUGUGAGAUAAUAAUAUAUGAAGAGUGUUUUUACAUUACAGGAAAUUAUGAAAGCACUAUGUUCUAUGAUGACCACUUCAAUGCAUACUCUAUGGAAGAUAACCAAAUGGAUGAGUUUUCUGUCAUCUCUGUGAACGAACUGACACAUUUUUGACCAGCCAUUUGACCAGCAGUGGCCAUUUGACCAGCAGUGCUCUAAUGAGAUUAAUCAAAGAGAGUACAUAGUGCCCAAUUGUUAUAUUUAGAAAGACUUGACAUGAGGGGUCAGUAAUGUUAACGCCCUUGAAAAAAUAAAACCAUUAUAAAGCAAUCAACUUGUUUUUUUUUUCUUUAUUUGCCUUUUAGAUUUGUAAUCAUUUAAAUGUAAUUUUAAUUGUGCAGUAGCAUAUUAACACUUUAUAGUGUUAGAGGCAACUCAUUUAAUAGUAUGCAAUUACCACUAUGAGAUUUAAUGAAUUACUCCUAUGAGAAUUAAUUUCUAACACUACCCACUGGUGUUGAGAAACUAACACUUGAGUAGUGUUCAGUUGCAACUAUACAAAGAGUUGAUGUGAACUCUAUUAAAGUGUUAAAAUCCCAAUGUGGAGUGUGGACCCCUCCAGACACUUUAAAAGUGUUUACAUUAAAUCCAAUAGAGUUGAUUUCUUUCUGUGGAUUUUGCUGUGUAUGUAAAUUAAUAUGUUCCGUAGGUGGCCUCAUCUAUUUCACUCGAGAAGAUCCAGAACUAGGGAAGAAGAUUACAGUGUUAAUAUUAUAUUAGAAAAGAAUGUGUGUACUUUAUGAUGUUGAUGAAUAUACUGCUAUGUACAUGAUAAAAUGUGAAUGUAUUAUUAUUGUUUAAACUAUGUUGGCGUGCGCACACACACAGACAGACAGACAAAUAUAGUGAAAUCAGAGCAGCCAGCCAUAAGAUCCGUUAUGACAUCACGGUCAGAGUUCUAGAACUAACCUGAUGGUAUGUUUGACGGUUGUUCUCUUUAUGACGCCGGGAAUCUCGAGGUUUUUAAACGCUGUGGUGUCUGAGCAGGCCUAUAUUCAUUUGAACGGAGUUAUAUUUAAAUCUUUGGUCUAUCUAACCUUUUCCUUUUGUUUGUUUAUCUAACAUGUUUAAGAAUGGACAUUGAACUAAUGUCUCCAGAUACAUGUACAGCUGUUUUGUGACAAUGUAAAUUUGUACAUGGAAAGGUUUUUUUUUUUUUAUGUCAAGUGAUGAAGGUAUGUUCUUUAAAAACGAGAUGAUGACGAUGAUGAUAAUAAUAAUAAUAAUAAUAAUAAUAAUAAUAAGCUACUGUUAAAUAGUUCAGAAGCUCCGUGUAUCGUCCUUGAUAUGUGAAAAUGAUACAAUUUAUAGUAAUAACGCUAAUGAGCUGUAUCUGUGUACACUAGCCCAAAUCUACCUUCUG